GGAAUUAUGCGACCGCCACAUAUCUUCCCAAUCGGCUUAUCUUGCCUGGGUCACAAAACACUUAAGUAAGGUAAAAGAUUAAAAUUUUGAAAUGAAAUUCAUUUAUAUUUACAAAAAAUCGCUAAACUUAAAAACUUUGUGUCUUUUGCUUUCGAAUCAUAAAAUAAAUAAAAAAAAACAAAAGAAAUCAGUGUGACCAGAGCCAAAAUUGCUUACUUUUUUAGUUAAUUUUAGCGAUUUUCUCGACCAGUUUUUUAAACGUAUAUUUCAGGAAAUUUUUUUUAGGUAUAUUUCAGAUAUUUUAUUAAACCGGUCUGCCUAAGCGGACGUCUUCUUGAAGCACGCGAAUAUUGUUGUUCUGCCUAGAAAAUUACCCCAGCCCACCAUCCAACUGGUUUGGCUUAUUUGAUGUGCAUCGUCUAUAAAAUCUUGCUGUGAAAAUUCAGUAUAUUUUUUUGCCCUGGCUUGAUAACUGUGAUGCGAUGACGGUAUAUUUAAUUUUUUUGAGGUGCCUCGGUCCGUGUCAGUAUUUUCGUAAAAUUUAAUAUGGUCACAUUGAAAGUAAUGGCGGCUUUCAUCGGUGCUUGUGUGUGAAAUAUUAUUUUUUUGUAAAAUUUCAGUGAUUUUUGCUUUACAAGAAUUGAAAUGUAACAUCGACUUAACCGUUAUUGUUUAUUUAUUACAUAGAAGACCUUACAUUGCCAGGCUUUCAUAAACUGGCAUAAUGUCUAGUGAUGAAGACAAGCCCCCUGCGCCGCCAGUGCGGCUCACGAGCAACCGGGCCACAGACCGUGGGGAUUCGGUUGCUUCAGUCGACAUGAGGCCUCUGCCUAAAGAACCUGAUGAUGGAGGCGACAGGAAGAAAAAGACUCUAAAGGCUAAAAUAAAAGGUUCUAAAAGCACUGCUCACAAUGAUAAUAAACCAAAUAUUAGUUAUCCAACUAAUUUCGAACACACAGUCCAUGUGGGUUAUGACACUGUUACAGGAGAGUUCACAGGCAUGCCGGAAGCUUGGGCGCGGCUGUUGAUGGCCUCAAAUAUCAGCAAGCAGGAGCAGAAGAGUAACCCUCAAGCCGUCCUAGAUGUAUUAAAAUGGUAUGAUGCAUCUGCAACGCAGCCUCCACCUUCUAAAUACAUGACGUCUGCACAGAUGCACACUACUCAUUCAGGUUCUUCAGUAUCAAGGGUGUCAUCCAGCAGCCCUUCAUCGUCCACACCCACGGAUACGGAGCACCCUGAACCACCUCCCCCGCCCCCCUCGAGACCGGAUCGAACUAAGAGUAUUUACACUAAGCCUAUAGAAGAGGAGGAAGCGCCACCGCCGCGGCCGGCGCCCGCGCCCGCGUCUCCGCCCCACGUGCCUCACCCCGCCCUCACCACACUCUCCAUAUGUUCCCGAUCGGAGCCAAGCGCCGGAGCGGGCGGCGCGCCUCCUUUGGAUAGGAACCGGAACCCAGCGGGUGCGGGCGCGGGUACGCCGCCGCCGCAUCAGCCGGCCCCGCCUCACGCUACUCACGCGCCCGCGCCGCCUGCCAACGGCGCGCCGCUCACCGCUGACACUGGAAGAGCAACAGGACAGCAGCAGAGGAAAAAGAAAAUGACAGAUGAAGAAAUUUUAGAAAAAUUACGAACAAUUGUUAGUGUCGGCGACCCCAAUAGAAAAUAUACCAAAAUGGAAAAAAUUGGUCAAGGAGCAUCUGGUACAGUAUACACUGCGAUCGAGACAUCAACGGGCAUGGAAGUGGCCAUCAAACAGAUGAACCUCAGCCAGCAGCCCAAGAAGGAGCUCAUCAUCAACGAGAUCCUCGUCAUGCGGGAGAACAAGCAUAACAACGUCGUCAACUACUUGGAUAGCUAUCUGGUUAAUGAGGAAUUAUGGGUAGUGAUGGAGUACCUAGCGGGCGGGUCCCUAACGGAUGUCGUAACGGAAACGUGCAUGGACGAGGGGCAGAUAGCGGCCGUGUGCCGCGAGGUGUUGCAAGCGCUGCACUUCCUGCACACCAACCACGUCAUACACAGGGACAUCAAGUCCGACAACAUCCUGCUGGGGCUCGACGGACAGGUCAAACUUACUGAUUUCGGGUUCUGUGCGCAAAUAUCACCUGAACAAAAUAAACGAACAACAAUGGUCGGAACACCUUACUGGAUGGCGCCGGAAGUAGUAACGAGAAAGCAGUACGGUCCGAAGGUGGACGUAUGGUCGUUGGGCAUAAUGGCGAUAGAAAUGAUCGAGGGCGAGCCGCCGUACCUCAACGAGAACCCAUUGAGGGCGCUGUACCUGAUCGCGACCAACGGCAAGCCCGACAUUAAGGACAAGGAGAAGCUCAGCACCGUCUUCCAGGACUUCCUCGACCAGUGCCUAGAGGUGGACGUCGACCGGCGAGCCACUGCCCUCGAUCUACUCAAGCAUCCGUUCCUAAAGCUGGCCCGUCCGCUGGCGUCGCUGACGCCGCUCAUCAUGGCGGCGAAAGAGGCGGCCAAGGGGCAUUAGCGCCGGCCGCCGGCGCCGCCCGCGCCCCCUAGCCCCUAGUGCCUGCGCCUAGCCGCGUGCGUACCCUAACCUGACCUUUUCUUUCUAACAACACAGCACUAAAGUCAUUCGGAUAAUAGAACGCAUAUUGCUGAGUGAUCUCCGCACUGAUGACUGAGCUGCCUACAGCCAGCGACUGCCACUAAAAUCGAUGAUCGUCGCAGCGGGCGUGACCACUGAGCGUCGCGUCUUCCUCUACGCGGUCGCGAUCCCUGCGUGGCGUAAAGGUCGCAUUCGCACUAUAAAUAGUGCGUAUCAAAUUAAAUGGCGGCUGUGAAGUAAGCGAAAACCGCGGCGUAGUAAACUUAAUGUAGAGUGAUGUAGCUUGCGCGGGAUGACACUGAACUGGAAACGGCUUACUUCAUAGCCGACAUUCGGUUUGCAUCGCACUAUAAUAGUCGCGGUGCAGUAAACGAAAUUUAGGUGUGCGUAACUAACUUCACACUCACAGCCACCAUAUAAAGUUCGGUGCAGUAAACUAGGUAGAUUUCGGUGAGUGCGGGUUGGUCACUAUUCUUGUGGGUAAUUGCGUUCGUUGCUAACUUCACAGCCACCAUAAAGUUAGAAUCGCAUCAAGAGUCUCACAGACAGAGACCAGCCCUGAUUGGGCGCUCGUAUUUGAACACUCGCUAACAUUGCAAGCGAAUACAACUGGCCGACACCUCCUUGUCUAUCUGUAAAAUACAUUUAAACUUAAAACCGGCCUUCGGAUGCAUCUUUGUGCGAACUUUUAUCAUCUGUGACGGGAUUAGUACGUUCAGUAACGUGCAGGCAACACGUUUCGCAAAUAAUAAACAAUUUGUGGCAGCUAUCGAACGAUUUGUUUGCAAGGUAUCAAAGGACCACUGGUGGCUGUGGUUUGAAGCACGUUAGUUUUUAUCACCGCUGCCGAAACUCGAAAUAGACGAAUGCAACUUUAAGCUCUUUACUAAAAAAUUGUCACUUUUUAACAGAAAUCUACAUUGCAAGCAAGUAGAUGCAGUGUAGAUGGCCCUUUAUUAUUUUUCGGCACAUUCAGUUAAUGUGACAGACUGACUUAACGACUAUUUCUUAUUUCUUUAUUAAAAUAAAAUAACUGUCUAGCGAGUUUCGGUGUAAGCUGGCGUUAUGGUGUAUUACGAAUACCGAAAAUUAUAAUAGAAUUAUGUAGGUAAACAUAUUUUUACACAAAAGAAAUAACAGUCCGGUUAUUAUAGGGACGCAAUGUCGGUCAAUGGCGUUAUUAUAGUUAGUGACGUGAUCUCCUAUUGACGUGUUUCGCUCAACUGUUCUAUAGGCGAGAAGUUGAAUAGGAUGUAGAUAUUAGUUGUUUAGAUACGAAUUUGUGAAAACACUAAGAAAUAUUGUAGCUGCAAACGAAGACUGGCAGUUAAUGUUUAGGUGAACCUGUAAAAUAUAGUAGAUAACUAUAGGUCCGUUACGUUAGUACCGAUUCAGCUUUCACUGUGAUGGUAGUUAACAGAAUGAGCUGAAACACAUCAAUACAGAGGUAAGAAACGAGCAGUGAUGAAAGUGGACUGAGUUGACGUAACAGUUAAUUCUUGUCAUUUGCAUUGUAUAUCUUAAUACAUCAUUAUGUUAAGUGUGUACUCAUAUUAUUUGAAAUUACGUAAAUAUGUGUAUGAAACUUAUAUGUAUUUUGUAUUAAUAAGCAACUGUGCUAUUAGGCUCGACUUGAAUUGGCUAAAGUUAUUGGGUAUUUAAUAAUAUGACACUCUUGUAAUGUGCGUUUAUUUUCGACCUUAUUGAACGCAUUACACACUUUCUGAUGCAUCUAUAAUCUUUGAUUGCGGGGGACUCUCUACUAGAGAUGCAAAUAUCGCGUACUCUAUCCCUUAUAUAAAGAGCACUCUAUUGCUUGCUUACAACUCUAUUAGAUAAAAGUAUCUCUAAAACUGCCUCUCAGUAGUUUGAAACAGGGAGCAAUAGCUCAGUUACCGUUUAAUGAUUGAUCAAACACAACUUUGUGUUCGAUGUACCUCUUAUUAAAUAUGCAGUUCGUCGAAUAUUAAAUGCAUAUUUAUUUUGUGUCUUAACUAACCCCUUGCAGCCUGUGUUUUUUUUAAAGAAAAGAAAUUAUUACACUGUAUUUGUAAACGUUUUGAGAGUUAAACGAAAUUGAGCCCUGUAUUUGUAUUGUUUUAAUGUUUGUAUUGAUAAUUGUAACUAUUGGCUUAUUGAUUUAUGCUUUUUAUAAUUACUAGAUGUACAACUUAUAUACAAUUAAAUUAUUAACCCUUUUUAUUGUCAACUAUUUUAUUUUAAUUAUGAGAUUAUUAUUGAAUUGAUUUAUUAUGUUUUUGAAAAUAACAGUUUAGUUUUAUGGCACAGGAGUGUCACACAUUUUAUUUGGAUAAAGUUUCAAAUUAAUACGACUGAUAUUGUUGAUUGAGUGAUCAUUGCAUUAUAAUAAUUUAUCUAAUCUAUUCAUUUAUUGUUAGUGAUGAUGAACAUAGAAAGCAUUUACAUAGUAUUAAGUUUAUAAAGUUUAUAACAUUGAUUGUGAAUCGUAAUUAUUUUACCAUUGUGGCACAAAAUUCCUAGAAUUUGACAUUGAUUUCAUAGUGUCAGUCAUGAAUGCAAUGGCAUAAAUAAUCCAUAUUAAUGUUUAUUUUCCAUUAACAUUCACGUCAUCUUACGACAAUGGUAAGUGUCAUUAGUAUCUAAUGAUAUUAAUUUUAUUCCUAUACUUAUACAAAUAAAGUAUUUUAUGUGUUAAGAUUUUUUAGUCUCUCUGCUUUUAUUAUUUAGGUUGUGCCGAAAGACGCUGUUAACUUCGUUUUAUUUUGAAGUGAAUCCGCUUAUGGUGGUUGAAUAAUGAUGUAUUAGUCGAGUGAUAUGUGCGUGAAGUUUAAAGAGGGGAUGUAGAUGCUCGUAAAAUGUAAAUUGUACAGACACACAUUAGAAACGAGUAGUACUGAUUGACAAUAUGAAGUGACCAAUUAACGCUAUUUAGUCUCUGAGCAGUCAAUAUAGGUUGGUGCAAAUGUCGAUUUCGUUUAUAAUUAUAUCUUCAUUGCUUACAUUCUAUCGUGUUAGAAAGCUAGACAUAACUGUUUCGAGUUACAAAAGUUUGUGUAAGUUGCUAUUGUUAUAUUAUGUUGCGGCCUAAAAAUAUAUUUACAAUAAUGUCGUAAUACACUAUGGCCUAUCACGAGUGCACUAUACAAUCACAACAACUGUAAUAAAAGAAGUAACUUAUUAUAAAUGCACCAACCAUAGCAAAAAUAUUGUGCAAUAAUGUAGAAAUGUAAAAUAGCCAAAUCUUCAAGAGAACUUGAACAAAUUUAUUCAGUAUCUUAAAACUGUAAUAUUCUAAGAAGUGUAUUAAACCAUGUGAUCAUGAAAAUGAAUUUGAGUAUGCAUUAGAAUUAAUAAUAAGUUGAAAAGUAACUGUAAUUAUUAUGAAUAUAGUAUAAGACGAAAACGUAUUAAUACAUGUAAUAGGAUACUGUACAUGACAUUGAAUGCGAAAAGAAACGUUUUUCAUGAUUUUAUGUCAGUUGUAAAACACCAGUGCCAUGUAUGAGCAACUUGUGCAUAUAAAUUACAACCAUACUAUAAUAAAAGACUCACCAUGAACAGUUCUCGUUUUAUUUAUUGACCGGGAUUGUUGUCCAAAUUAUUAAGUUACUUUAGGAUAAAGUCACAACCUUUCACUAAAGUGAAAACCAAAUUUCUACUAGUCUUCAUAUAACAAUAUGUCAAAUGUUAUGGUUUAACGUAUGUGCGUGUUAUUAUAGUAUUGUGGUCUU